AAGUCAGCUAAAUGUAAAACUGAUGUACUAUAAUCAGCCUAUGUCCUAUGUUCUAGCUACUUUCAGCUUAAGGCCAGAAAUUUUUAAUUGCUUCACGAUCGAAUGCAAGUGCUGACAACGUGGUUACAAGUAAAUAUAUAUAUAAAGUCUUAAAAAAAAAUAUUUAUUGCAAUUGACGGUGUUCUGACCGUUACUUCCCACACACCUGUAUUUACAUUCGUGGAACCCUUGGGCAUCGUUCUUAUCAAGUGAACAUAGAAAGGGAAAAUCUUUCUUACACGGAGAUUGUGCACGAACUAUCCCGCUGUCCGUAGAAACCAUUAAAUGGAAUAUUUACUACACUUGUCAUUUUCCUGACCAGUCUUCCGCACACACCGAUAUUUACUUUCACUGAACUCUCAGGCCUCAUUAUCAUCAUCCGUUAAUUUGUUCGCCAUCCUUGUCUUCCUUAUCCUUCAAUACCAUAUGACUGAAGUCCGGGGCUCCUAUGUAUACUCAAAACCAAUACGAUUGGUUCUAGGAGUAAAACAUACCUGUAUGCACUCCCUAUUGGUAACAUUAGGUGAACAUAGUCUAGAGACUAUAUAAAUGACACCACUCAAAUUGCUCAGAAUCAGUUACUCAAAGGCCUCAGAAAUACAUCACUAUGGAUCUUACUGUUGAAUUUUAUAAUUCUUUUGAGGCUGAUAAGACCCUCGUUAACCAACCUUUCGAUAUAAACGUUAAAGUUAUCGGGUCAGAUGAAAUCGAUGACCAGGACUCCGAUGUGGAAAUUAUUGAAGAUUCUGAGCCGGACUGCGCAUUGGAUCUCGAUGAUGAAGACACCGUGGACCGAUACCUACGAGAAGUAUUCGAACCACCCUCAUCGUCAACUCAAACCACUCCAUCAGAAUUGGAUUCUUUAGGCUUUGAAGACUUUCCUAUGGGUAAGGAUACCCAGGAAGUUCUAAGAAAACUUAUUCUACUUGAACAAAGCGAAGAGCAAUAUAAGAAUAUGCAGUGUGCUCAAACGUUUGAUUUGAAUGAGUCUGAGCCUAGCCUGUUUCCAAAUGAUGAUCACAUUUUUAAUGAGAUAAUUGAAAAUGAACCGCAGACAAAAUAUCAACAACUUAUGGAUGACGGACAGGAUAGUGUUUUAAUGGAUGUUCUCUUAAGAUUAGAUUCCUAAUAUUUGUAUAUUUGUCUUAAAACAUUAUGAAAUAAAAACACGUUAUAUAAAUUCAA